AGUGACUCACAGAGCGAGGCGGCCGUUCACAUCAGAGCCCAGAAACUCUCUAACCUCCGCCGUCACUGGACUUCACAUCAUGAAGCUUUCUGCUGCUUUCCGCCACGCUUGCCGGACCCACCGGUGUGGAACCGGACAGGUGAAGGUGUUCGGACCGCGGAGAAGCCCCACGACCCGUGGAGAGAUGAGUGUCUGUUUGCCGGUUAGAGAAACUCACUUUACCUCCGGCGGCGGCGGCGGCAGUGGGAGCUCCGUUCAGCCCCUCAGCCUUCAGAAACAGAAAACCCUCAGCGCUGCACAUGAAAACGCCACUAGGGAGAUCAUCCAGAGGAGCAGAGAGGAGCUCGCUUCUGUGGUCAAAGCCCAUCCAGCCAUCAAACCCACACUGGCCAUCUUACAGGCUGGUGAAGAUGAUAGUCUGCUGGAGAUGAAUAAGAAGAUGGCUGGCAAGGUAGGCCUGAACGUGAUGCAGAUAUGUCUCCCACGACAGUGCACAGAGGAAGAGGUUUUGGAGGAAGUCCUGAGGCUGAACGAGGACCCGAACGUUCAUGGUGUGUUCCUGUGUCUUCCCCCCUCAUUGCUCUCCAGGAAAAUAAUCAACAUCAUGAAACCUGAGAAGGAUGUGGACGGGGUUUCAGAUCUGAAUGUGGGACGUCUGGUUUCAGGAGCUCUUUCUGAAGGGCUUCCCUCACCUGUAGCUGGAGCUGUGCUGGAACUGCUGGCCAGACAUGAUGCUCCUCUGGCUGGAAAGACAGCAGUGCUGGUUGGUCUAGAAGGGCCUCUGAAGGUGGUUCUCCAGGUCCUCCUGCAGAGUGAUGGAAUGGAAGUCCAGACUAGCCUCUGGAGCUCAGACAGUCUGCAGAAACAGAUCAAGCGAGCAGAUGUAGUUGUUGUAAUGGGGACUGGAAGCGUGGAACUCCCACCCAGCUGGUUCAAACCAGGGGUGACCCUCAUUAACUGUGGCUCAGCCUUAAUGCCAGAGUCCCCAGCCAGUGAGGAGAGGAGGAUGGAUGCUGAAAGCUGGGCAGAGAUUGGCUCAAUAAGCGCAGCCUUAAGGAUGCAGAACGUGGUGAGGAGCAGCAUGAGGUGGGUGGAAAAUCAGCAGUAUCAGCCAUGGACGCUUCGCCCACUUAAGCUCCAGCCACUAUCACCUGUGCCCAGUGAUAUAGAGAUCUCCAGAGCUCAGACCCCAAAGCCCAUAGUGCAGCUUGCUGAGGAGAUUGGCCUACUGCCGGAGGAGCUGGAGGCUUACGGCCGCACCAAGGCUAAAGUUCGUCUGUCUCUGCUCACACGCCUGCAGCACCAGCCCAACGGCAAAUACGUCCUGGUGGCAGGCAUCACUCCUACACCUCUUGGCGAGGGCAAAAGCACAGUGACCAUCGGUCUGGUCCAGGCACUUUCUGCUCACCUGAAACUCAACUCUUUUGCCUGCCUCAGACAGCCCUCUCAAGGCCCCACGUUUGGAGUCAAAGGAGGGGCUGCAGGUGGGGGCUAUGCUCAAGUCAUCCCUAUGGAAGAGUUUAAUCUCCACCUCACUGGUGAUAUCCAUGCCAUUACUGCAGCUAACAACCUGGUGGCAGCAGCUGUUGAUGCCCGCAUCCUGCACGAAGCUACCCAGUCAGACAAGGCCUUGUAUAACAGACUUGUGCCAUCUGUUAAUGGAGUGAGACGCUUCUCUCCAAUACAGCUGGGCAGACUGCAGCGUCUUGGAAUCAACAAAUCUGACCCCAGUGCCCUCACGCCAGAGGAGGUCAGCUCCUUCGUCCGUCUUGACCUUGACCCGGCGAAGGUCACUUGGCAGAGGGUGGUGGACACCAACGACCGUUUUCUGCGGAAAAUUACAGUUGGGCAAGCGAACACUGAAAAAGGCCACAGCCGACAGACGCAGUUCGAUAUUGCUGUGGCCAGUGAGAUCAUGGCUAUUCUGGCCCUGACUGAUGGGCUGGCUGACAUGAAGUCCAGGCUGGGCCGCAUGGUAGUGGGCAGCAGCCGGAGUGGGCAGCCAGUAACUGCAGAUGACCUUGGUGUAACUGGAGCGCUCGCUGUGCUGAUGAAAGAUGCCAUCAAACCCACCCUGAUGCAAACACUAGAGGGCACGCCAGUGUUUGUGCAUGCUGGACCAUUUGCUAACAUCGCCCAUGGCAACUCGUCUGUGCUGGCAGACCAACUGGCUCUCAAGCUGGUCGGAAAGGAAGGCUAUGUGGUGACAGAGGCAGGGUUUGGAGCAGAUAUUGGUAUGGAGAAGUUCUUUAAUAUUAAAUGUCAUGCCUCUGGACUGAAGCCUGAUGUUGUGGUGUUGGUGGCCACCAUCAGAGCACUGAAGAUGCAUGGAGGAGGUCCCAGUGUAACAGCAGGGGCACCACUUCCUAAGGAAUACAUUGAUGAGAAUCUGCAGCUGGUCUCAGAAGGCUGUAGUAAUCUGAAGAAGCAGAUUGAGAUCGCUCGCCUGUUUGGAGUUCCAGUGGUGGUGGCUCUCAAUAUCUUUAAGACUGACACAGAGGCAGAGAUUGACCUAGUCUGUCGCAUCGCAGAGGCUUCUGGGGCUUCGGCUGCUGUGCCAUGUCAUCACUGGGCGAGGGGAGGGCGGGGCUCAGUGGAGCUGGCACACGCCGUGAAGGAAGCUGCGGCUCAGGAGAGUAAUUUCCGCUUCCUGUAUAGCCUGCAGACACCCAUUGUGGAGAAGAUUCGUACAAUCGCGCGGAAAGUUUAUGGGGCUGAUGACAUUGAGCUGUCACCUGAAGCCCAAGCUAAGAUCGAAUACUACAAUCAACAGGGUUUUGACACGUUGCCUGUCUGCAUGGCCAAGACCCACCUGUCUCUCUCUCACAUGCCGGACAAAAAGGGCGUGCCCACUGGCUUCAUUCUGCCAAUCAGAGAUGUCCGAGCCAGCAUUGGAGCGGGGUUUAUCUACCCGCUGGUUGGAACAAUGAGCACGAUGCCAGGCUUGCCCACGCGCCCCUGUUUCUAUGACAUCGACCUUGAUCCGAAUACUGAGGAGAUAACAGGCCUGUUCUGAGCUUCCUCACAGCAAGCGGACUCUCAGCAGUCGUCUUCUGUUGUCCGCGGAGAGGGUUCAAGCGACCUGCAUGAAACCUGAUGCCGUUGCCACUGUGGCUCAUAGAGGACCAAUGCCCAAUGCCUGUUCACAUACAUCUGAGCAGCUUUUUUUUUUCCUUCUUUUACAUUUAUGAACCACAUGCUUUUUGAAAAUGCGCACAAUGGAAGAUGGAAAACUUGCAUUGAAUUUUAUUCGUAAUAAUAAUUUUUACCAAAGAUUUCCCUUGUAAUUGCAACUCCAGUUAACAGUGAGGUAAUAGAGACAUAAGAUAUUUUUCCAGGUUCAUUUUUUAAACAGGUCAUUUUCUGAAGCAUAUGACUGUUACUGUUCUGUUCAAAGGGUCAGUUUCUCAAGCAAGGAUUAAGCCUAGUUCUGGACAUUUUCCCUUCAGUUGAGAAUCUCCAUUCAAUGUGCAUUCCAUGACUGGGCUUAAUCCCUGUCCAUUAAACUGACUCUGUUUUGGACAUUCAUCAGUGGUUUUAUAUCUGGAGCCUUUUACAGCUGUUAUCUUUCUGUACUUUAAUUUAGCAUUAACACUUUUAAUUUUUAAAAAAAUAAGGUCUGCCUAAUGUCUUACGCACAAUGCCUUGUAGGCAAUUUUACACUUUCUGUCAAUGCAUGUCUUAAUGUGUAGCUGCUGUAUGAUGUGAUGAAAAUUUGUUUUUCUGUUCCCUGUUUCAGUGUUUUGUAAUACAU